AUGGUCAAAAAGAAGAAAUCGCAGCUGAAAUCGGACCCGCGACGUGGCUUCGCAACGACAUCCGUGCCCAAGAAAGAGGUGCAGAAAGAAGAAGUGCAGAAGAUUGAUGAACUUGCACCAGACCAGUUCACCUCGGCUGUGCCAGAGCUUGAACUCGAGCCUGUGACGCAAGAAGCCGACAAAUUUGACGAGGCGGCGUCCGAGACGCAGGCACUGCAGGACGUUGUGGAUCAAAUCAUGCCUUUGGUAGAUAAGGAGUCUCAACGGCGGCUCAAGUCUAUUGAUGCAAACCAGCGCCUGGCAAAAACGCUGAAUACGGUGUGGAUUGGUCGACGGUACGACCAAAUUGUGCAGAAAUAUGCGCUUGCGUACCCCAUGGAAGAGGCCGAGCAAACGCGCGCGCCUGCAUCCGAGCGCGCAGAAAGUACAAUAGACUUGUUGCUCGAUCCGCGGCCUACGCCACUACUGCAGACGUUGAUCGGCACCACUGUGCUGCCCAGCUCGGAGCGCAAAACACUUGAAAUGGUCAUGAUCACUGCAACUGUCUUACAAGGACUACAGUUCACUCAGGAGCAGGUGGAAGCGGCGCUUGUGCAUGCACCGAGUCUGGACGUAGAGGAUGCGGUGGCCUGGCUUGUUACACAAUUACCUCAGGAACAGGUGCGCCAACUCCCUUUGAAUGCACAAGACCCCACAACUGUCCUCCGCCGUCUCAGAGGCAAUUGGCUGGAUCCAAGUAUUGCACCGAUGGAUCAGACAUACCCGCCCCCACAUUCGGCCUAUACCUUUACGCGCACAGAGCGCGGCAAUCUUCGCCGUGAUCUUGUCCAGGAAAAGAUGGUACGGCGCACGACCACAGACGAUAUACCUAGCGAAACACUCCAUGAGUUGGUUCAGGAUACGGAUGCAUUUAUUAUGGAAAUAAGGCAGCAGCUUGAUGCGGACGUCCCGCAAAUGAACGUGGUGGAGCACCCUGUCGAAGCACACACUGCAGCGCGGCUCCUCCAGCUGCGCAUUCACCAAGAAAAGCGGCGGCGCGAGAAAAUCACAGGGAAAGCCAUGGAUGAUCAGCUAAUGCAGGAAGUGCAGCAUGAAGCUACUGUGCAAAAAUUGGACCAACUCCAUGCGCGUGCACAAGAAAUGAUGGAUCAAAGCGCGAUCCAGCCAACCUUUUCCCCAAAAAUCGCCAUGCAGCAGUUCAAGGCAGCCACGGCGCAAUUCCAGCAAGAAAAUGGCGAGCGCGAAAAGAAAAGAAAAGAGGCGCGUGCUGCACUGCGCCAAAGGCGCGAAGAAAUCGUUGGCUUGGAGAAUGGGGCUAUGGAAGAAAGCGACAUUUUUGGCGGGAUGCUGGACGAGCAAGCUGCGCCGGAAACAAACGACGAUGACCGCCAAGUGACGCUUCGUGCAAUGACGGCGAUCCAAGGAGGUCAAUCGCCACGCACGCUGCUUGCUGACGCUUUGCGCGCAAUUGACCCACACGCCACAUUUCGGAUCUGUGCGCUCCCUGGCGGGAGUAUCAAGCGCUCUUUUCUGGAAGUCCGCUGGGAUAUUGGGGAUUUUUACAACCAACAACGCAUGAUUGUCCUCGACCUUUUUGAGCUCACAGGAGAGGGGUGCAGCACACAGAGUCUAGCAAACGAUAUGAUCGCAACUGUUGCUUUGAAUUGCUAUGGUCGCGACAGGCAAGUCCAGCGGCUGCUCCCCGCUUGCUUCCGCACUCUGUGGGAUGAGCUGGAGCAGCGUCGUGCUGCAGAGAAAGACAAGUUUCUUCGCGACAAGAUUGCGCGGAUGCAAACGCUGCUGCAGCGACGGAAAGAAGCAGGAUCGCUCGCGCAGGAGCCCGUGCGCAAUGCAAACUUCGUCUCGGCUCCAUCCAAAGACUCCGAGACCACAUGCGUACAGACCGCAUCGAGAGAGGCGCUCCUUGAAAUGCACAACAAGCUUGUGUCCUCGGUCAAGUACCAGGACAUGCUACAAGAGCGAAAGCGACUUCCGAUCUAUGCAUCGCGUCAAACGAUUCUGGAUGUGAUUGCAAAUAAUCAGGUGGUCGUGCUCAGUGGUGAAACAGGGUGUGGUAAAUCUACUCAGCUUCCGGCCUACCUUUUGGAGAACGCUUUGGAACACGGCGAGCACUGCUCUAUUUACGUCACGGAGCCGCGUCGUAUCUCUGCCAUCUCGCUCGCGGAGCGUGUGGCAGAAGAGAUGGGGGAGAGCGGAAGCUCAGUCGGGAAAGCCAAGAGCUUGCUUGGGUACUCGAUUCGCCUUGAGAAUCGUGUUGGCCCCAACGCUCGACUGGUAUACGCCACGACGGGUAUUGUGCUUCGCAUGCUGGAGUCCAACGCACUCAGUAAUAUAACACACGUUAUUGUCGACGAGGUACACGAACGGUCGAUCGAGUCCGACUUUUUACUGAUUGUGCUCAAAACGCUGCUUGCACAGCGCCCCAGCCUCAAAGUGAUCCUCAUGUCGGCCACGCUGGACGCGGAGCGAAUCAGCGAGUACUUUGGCGGAUGUCCUACCAUUGCUGUGCCUGGACGCACCUUUGCCGUGGAUGCGUACUACCUAGAAGACGCGCUGGAAAUGACCGACUAUACGUUGGAUCCUCACUCCCCCUACGUACGUCGAAAUCUGGACCGCACCAACCGAGUCAAGGUCGUUGCUGCAGACUCUGAUUCCGACGACGAAGACAAGAGAGGCACGAGUAUUGCUGAAGGCGAAAAGAAGUACAGUGCCAAGACAGUGAAGACGCUGAGCAUUUUGAACGAGUAUGCGAUCAACUAUGAGCUUAUUGCGCAGCUUAUCAGCACGCUGAGCAGCAACCCUGCGUUUAAAGACAAGAUGCGCGCCGUACUCGUUUUUCUUCCUGGCCUCGGUGAAAUCCGGCAAAUGGAAAAGGCGAUCUGGGGAUACCCGACACUUGGCAACGCAAUUGAUCUGCACAUUCUCCAUUCGAAUGUACCGCCCGAGAAGCAGAGCCUGGCGUUCAAAGCGCCGCCGCCCGGCACAAGGAAAAUUGUGCUAGCAACCAACAUUGCCGAAACGGGCAUUACCAUCCCCGACAUCACCUGUGUCAUUGACACGGGCAAGCACCGCCAAAUGGAGUACGACGAGAAGCGCAAGAUCAGCAAGCUCAAGGAAAUGUUUAUUGCGCGCAGCAAUGCAAAACAACGCCGAGGGCGCGCAGGCCGUGUACAAGAGGGUAUCUGCUUCCAUCUUUUCACAAAGAUGCGCAACGACGAGCUGUUUGACGCACAGCAGACGCCAGAGAUGCUUCGCCUUUCCUUGCAGGAGCUUGCACUGAUGCUUAAAGUAAUGCAAGUCAAGGUUGGAAACAGCAUUGAGGAUGCGCUGUCGCAAGCGCUGGAUCCGCCGCAGCCCAUCAAUGUCCAGCGUGCCAUUUCUUCGCUUGUGCAAGUGCAGGCACUGACGCCGAACGAAGACAUCACCCCGCUUGGCAGGAUUCUGAGCCGCAUGCCGCUCGACGUGCACCUCGGCAAGUUUUUGCUGGUCGCCGCGCACUUUCGAUGCCUCGAUCCAGCAUUGUCGAUUGCUGCGAUGCUCAAUAACCGGUCGCCAUUCAUGCGCCUGCCCAACGACAAGUUCAAUCAGAGCAACACCAUAUUUCGUGUGGACGACAGCGACUUUCUCACCAUGGCCAAGGUGUUUUCCAUGUGGCGACAGGCAGUGCGCCGCGAUCAUGGCACUCGGUUCUGCAGCGCUUAUCAUGUAUCGCAAGAUAUCAUGUACCAAAUCGAGGAGCUGCGCCAGCAGUACCUUGGCUACCUCGCUGACGCGGGAUUUGUCCAGCUCGAGCACGGCGUUCGCCGCUCGCUGAGCAGAAAAAAAGGGAAGCACGGGGCGGUACAGAUUGUGGACGUGCCGCUAACGUCGAACAAGUAUGGAGAGUGCAGCCAGGCAAUCACCCUUGCGCUCGUGAUUACCUUGUACCCGAAGCUUGCCAGCACAGAGAAUGCCCAGCAGCGGUUCCGUACGCUGUCAAACAACCAAGAGGUCUGGAUCCACCCCUCUUCAGCCAACUUUGGGCGGAGCCCAAGUACCGUGCAGCACUUUAUGCUAUACAAUAGUAUCCUACACUCGACCAAACCUUAUGCGUGGGAGACGGCGUUUAUCCCAGAUACGAUGGUUCUGCUGGCGGUGGGCGAUGCCGAAUACAAGCAUACAAGUCGCAGCAUGUACUUGGACCAUACCAAGAUCCGCAUUGCUACGCCCGAUGCCCGCUCGCUCGUCACACUGCGCAUCCUGCGCGGUCGACUGCAGCGUAUCGUGACGGAUAGCUACAGGAACCCAGGAAAGACAUUUACUCCUGAAGAGAAUUGGUUCUUUUGCCUCAUUCUGCAGUUCCUCGGUGCAUCGGAGGAGAUGGCGCGAACGGGAAAGAAUGAGCCGUGA